AAGUUGAAUCACGUGAUUUUCACGUGCACAAAGCAGGGCAGAAAACACAAACGCAGAAACGCAGCAACGACGCCCUAACCUCACGUCUCGCGACCCGACACCUUCUCCGGCAUCCCUGAGAGCGGAGCGCCGCGUCCUCUUGCGACCCUCCUGUGACCUCCCUAAGCAGAACCAGCGAUCCGCCGGCGACGACCCUCUUCUCCUACUCCUCCGAGCCCUCGCCCUCUCUCAAAAUCCUCGACCUCUGCCGCCGUUAGACCUCCCUGAGCAGAACCCAGCGAUCCGCCGGCGACGACCCUCUUCUCCUACUCCUCCGAGCCCUCACCCUCUCUCAAACUCCUCGACCUCUGCCGGCCUUAGGGCUUAUUUGCGGUAUGAUUUUACCCUAAUCUCAGAUAACAAGUUUUGAUAUUUCUCUCCCGUUAGCAUAAAAUGAUUCUGUUGAACUGUAUGGGUUGAUGAAUCUUUGGUUUUGGUAUUGAGCUGAAAAUAUUGACUAAUGCAACCAAGCAAUUCCUAAGAAUUCAUGUUUCAAAGGUCGUGAGCUCUUUGAUGUAAAGGUUGUAUUUUUAUGCGUCUCCUCGUCCAGAUUCUUCACUGUGACGUCGGUAGAUUCAUCUUCAUGUGAAUCCAAUGCUCUUCUUGAUCUCCUCCUACUCCUUCCUCUUUCGCCGCUGGGAAUCCAAUCAUCCGUUUCUCCGUCCUCGCUCGGCCCCGCUGCGACUCCGUAGGGCUUCACGCUGUGCACGGCGCCCUCGGGGAAGAACCUGGUCGACGGCAGCUCGUCGACGGGCGAGCAGAACACCUGCGGCCCGUCCCGGUCGUUCCACAUGUCGAAGUUGCCGGGGCUAGGGCAACAGGAGGGAAGCGGCGCUGGAGGGAGGGAGGCGGCGCUCCUGGAGCCGGCGCUAGAGGGAGGCGGCGCUACUGGAGUCGGCGCUGGAGGGAGGCGGCACUGCUGGAGUCGGCGCUAGAGGGAGGUGGCGCUGCUGGAGUCGGCGCUGGAAGGAGGUCGGGCGACGAGGGAGGCAAUGGGAGGGAAGCGACGGAGGGAGGCGACGCGAGUUGGAAGAGGAUAGGGCUUUUUUCGUGCACGCGCAUUGCACGUGAGGAAGGAUUUUAUACCAGAUAUGUGGUCCAGGGGUGGACCAGGAAUUUCUGGUCCAGAAGAUCCGACCCCCUCAUAAAACGACUGUUACAAUCUUCAUAUCAGGUAUCUUAUAAGCCUUACAAAUUCGAAAGCACGAACGACUUCUCACCACGAAAGGUAGAAUAAAAUUAAAUAAAAAGGAAAUCCCGCCCUCCUUCACGGGCUUAUCUUAAAACUUGAAUCCCAAACCCCAAACAACGGCACAUUCCACCCAUUUCCAUUUCCAUCUCUCCGAUCUCAAGUCUCAAGUCUCCACAGCACCGACAAGGACACACAUUCCACCCCCUUCCCGUUCCCGCCUCGGCCGACGUAUGCAGUAUUAAUAUUGAAACCCACUCCCAAGUAAACGGCACUGAUCGAUGAUGGAGCGGUGUUGGGAAGCGGCGGCGGCGGAGGCGGCUGGAGGAGCGGAGGCGGCUCACAAGCCGGUUCCGGCGCCGUUCCUGACGAAGACGUAUCAGCUGGUGGACGAUCCCGCCACAGACCACAUCGUCUCCUGGGGCGACGACCGCGUUUCGACCUUCGUCGUGUGGCGCCCUCCCGAGUUCGCCCGCGACAUCCUCCCCAACUUCUUCAAGCACAACAACUUCUCCAGCUUCGUCCGCCAACUCAACACUUAUGGGUUUCGAAAGGUGGUGCCGGAAAGAUGGGAGUUCGCCAACGAGUUCUUCCGUAAAGGAGAGAAGCACCUCCUCUGUGAGAUCCACCGCCGGAAGACCUGCUCUGCCGCCUCCUCUUCUUCCUCUGUCUUUCCCUUGUCGGCGUCCUCCUCCAGCUUGUUCCCUUUUUACUCCCACUUCGACGACUACCGCCUCGCCGUCGCCGCACAUGGCUGGAAGCCGGCCGGCGAGGCCCCCUCUUCCCGCCUCCUCCUCCUCGGCGGCGGCAAUGAGGUCUCCGGGAAUGCCAUCAGAGCGCCGAGCGCCGCAGCGUUGGUGGAGGAGAACGAUCGGCUGCAGAGGAGCAACACAGCGCUGGUGGCGGAGCUGGCGCACAUGCGGAAGCUUUACAACGACAUCAUCUACUUCGUGCAGAACCACGUGCAGCCGGUGGCUCCCAGCUCCGGCUUGCUCUUCUCCUCCAACCACCGCAUAGCGGCGACGGGCGGACACCCCGGAAGCCCGGCUUCGAGCAGCUCCCUCACCAUCGCAGAGGAGCCGACGUCCCCGCCGCCGCCGCAGCUCGAUGACGACACUAAUAAGAACGAAUUGGAGAGCGGCAUCACAGAGCCGAAGCUGUUCGGGGUGCCCCUAGGCUCCGCCGGCCGUUCUAAGCGACUCAGCUUCCAAGUCGUCGACGACGACGAGCCACCGCCGUCGACCAAGCUACGCCUCGUGGUAGAAAAGGACGAGUUGGAAUUAAAUCUAACGCCGUCAUCAUGAUCCCCAUUAAUCUUCUUGAUUAAUUUGGGACGUCUUUAAUUCCUUGUUUAUAAUCUUUGUUGGUCGAUUAAUUAGCGAGCUUCUUCGUAGUGUAUGUUGUUAGCUUUUAAUUUUUCUCCUGUGUUUAUUGAGAGUAGUUAAUUAAUGUAAAUAGCGAUCUUAACUAAUCUAUUUUGAGAACGUAA